AGAUUGAUUUUAUCCCAAGUUAACUUGUCGGUCCGAUCCAAGUUUACAACCAUGCAACAGUGCAAUUGACUCCACCUCAUCUCAGACUUGAUCCAGCUUAAAUGGGCUGGAUAGGCAUGACCAGUGCUGGGCCUCAGAAAUGCUUGGUACAUUACAUGGAACGAAACCUGGCAACUAGAAAAGAAAACAAGGGACAGGAGGAGAAGAGAAUCAUGGCUUGAAGUCCCAACGAUGGACUGGUCCUCGUGGCUUCUACGCAGUGUUUCAAGAAGUAGUGAUAAUAGCAAAAACAGCCAAAACUCAAAUCAACAGAUACCAAAACCAGGAGGAGGAGGAGGAGGAGGAGAGGAACAGCUAGGAGUCACGCAGCAAUUGAUCGAUCAUGCAAAGUCCUUCACAACUGACACUUUCAAGAACUUCCCACUCCAAGAAGAUGAGGCAACUCCUUCUUCUUCAACGAAAACAUCGUCCAAUGUUCAAAGGGAUCUCUCUGAAUGGCAGGAGCGACAUGCUACUCUUGUUCUUUCCAAAGCCAAGGAGCUCUCACAUCUGAGAUUUAUGCUAUGCCCUCGUCACUUGAAGGAGAGACAAUUUUGGAUGAUAUAUUUUAUGCUCGUCAAGAGUCAUGUGGCUGAAUACGAGCUGCAUGCCAUACGACUGGCUAAGCUUAAAAUGAUGGCAAUAGAGAAUGAAGAAUCUUUAGAUACGAUUGGAUUUGAAGUUGAAAUGGCAGAAACAAAGCAAUCAGCGAAUUUAGCUCCUCCAACUUCAUGAGAUCACCAUUUACUUACUCUCUGGGGUGGAAGAACAAAUGAAGCAGUUCAUCCUUUGAAUGCAGAGACAGGAACCAAUGUAAGAGAGAGCAAGUGCUGGCAAGCCAUAUUUUGGUCAUGAUAACUGCAAAUCUUGGCUUCAAAUUUGAUUUGGUUGUUUACGUACAUUAUGUUUUUAAGGUUCCAAGUGAGUUUUUUGAGGUUGUUUUGAUAAUUUUAAGGUGUUUUGGAGAACAGAUAAUGGCGAAAUUAUGUUUAAAGGUUGAGAAGUGGUGGCUUCUUAUCUUCUA